AUGAUCGUGGUCCUGAGCCCCGACUAUCUCCUGGAGAAGAGCAUCAGCCUUCUGGAGUUCAAGCUAGGUCUCCUCUGCCAGAACAACAUUGCCACCAAGUUGGUGGUGCUGGAGUACCAGCCGUUGCCCCAAGCCCACCCAAGCAUCCAGCAGCUGAAGGAAUCCGUGGCCUUCGUGAUCUGGAAGGGCGAGAGGUCCAACCACGUGGGUUCCAAGUUCUGGAAAGCCUUACGUCUAGCGUUGCCUCUCCGGAGUCUCAGCGCCUGCGGCAACGCCGCCUGGAACGAAAGCUGCUCCUCGCAUUCGGACACCAGCUUGGACCCGGUCCAGAAGAAGAGGAGCCGGUUGAAAGGGCCCCCCGCGAAGCCCAAGGGGGUCCCCGUCCAAAGAGGGCUUGCCUCCUUGCCCAGAAGGAAGAGCAAACCGCCUCCCAAGCCGUUCCUGGCCUGCCGCUGCUGCGUGGCCUCCUCCAAGGAGAAGCGCCAUCUCAAGAGCCCCGGCCAAGCGGUAGCCAAGCCCAAGCAGGAGAGGCCGUGCCAGAGGCCGCUGCUGGGAGACUCUGUGGGGGUCCACCUCCAGAAGAAUGGCAAGAAGAAUCCUCCGGAGUCCCAGGGGGCCCCUCUCGGUCGCCAGAGGUUUGCCGAGGUGUCCAAUAACAAUGACUUCUAUGUCCUUUAA